AGGCUACAUUUUUACUUAUCCUUAUUGCAAGAUUUGACAAAAUUUGAGAAAUGUCUCGCCAUCGUGAUGUGCGGUGCAUGAAUUAUUCAGAAGAAUAUGAAAAUUACGACGAGGUGUAUGGACAUUCUGUAGAAGAUGACUAUUGUGUAUCUCCUAGUGCGGAACAGUUCUUAUUUGAUCGGAGUAAGCAACAAAAUAUUGCAUCCUUCAUCACGGAACCAGACAUACUAGAAGACAAUGAAGAUAAUAGGGAAUCUUUGUCACCUUCUAAAGAAGAAGAAAGAGUGCUUACAGAAUUAGAAAGAGCCAAACUUAUAUCGUGUAUGGAAUCUAUCAAGAAUAUUAUAGGAGAUACAGUUCCUGAAACUGAAAUAAAGAACAAGAUUAUUAAAUCAAAUUUUGAUGCAGAAGUAGCACUUGAUUUAGUUUUAAAAGAAUCCCCUCCAAAAACUGUUAUUGAAUCAUCUACAGGCCAUAAGGAUAAUUUAGAACUUUAUUCAGGUAACAAAUUGUCAUCCAAACCUACAUUUCAAGUUACGGCACCAUCCAAUGUGAAAAUUCUACAUGCUGGAAAACGACCUGCUGUACAAGGUUUUGAUUUGAGUGGAACAGAGAAUACAGAUACGCUAAAUUCUCGUGUUGAGAGUCCUCGUUCUCGAAGUCCAUAUUCUGAUCAUAAUAGCCCAGAAAUAAGGAGAAAAGAACGUACUGUACCAAAGGAGAAAAAGGCAAUUUCUUCAAAUGCAAACAGUCCCCGAUGUCAGUCACCAGUACCAGGACAUGUAACACCCGACUUUGAUUCUAAGCCAAAACUUAAUGAAGAAAAAUAUGAUGUUUUAAAAGUAUAUAAAGAUAAAAGAGGAGAUAGCAAAGAACACAUACAUUUAGUUGUAGUCGGUCAUGUGGAUGCUGGUAAAAGCACUCUAUUAGGUCGACUUUUGUGUGAUUUAGGCCAAGUUCCCUCAAGACUAAUUCACAAAUAUCAGCAAGAAAGUAAAAAGAUAGGAAAACAGUCAUUUGCUUAUGCAUGGGUCCUUGACGAAACAGGAGAAGAACGGGAACGUGGAAUAACUAUGGAUAUUGGUCAUUCUAAAUUUGAAACAGAGACAAAAUCUAUCACUUUAUUAGAUGCACCUGGACAUAAAGACUUCAUUCCUAAUAUGAUUACUGGUGCUACUCAAGCAGAUGUGGCUUUAUUAGUUGUAGAUGCAACUAGGGGAGAAUUUGAAACUGGUUUUGAUAGUGGAGGUCAAACUAGAGAACAUGCACUAUUAUUACGUUCUUUAGGUGUAUUACAAUUAGCAGUGGUAAUAAAUAAAUUAGAUACUGUCGAUUGGUCAAAAGAAAGAUUUAACGAAAUAGUGGAGAAAAUGAGUGUAUUUUUAAAACAAGCUGGAUUCAAAGAUAACAUCCCUUUUGUUCCCUGUAGUGGUCUAUCUGGCGAAAAUAUAGUAACCAAACCUAAAGAAUCUUUAUCUAACUGGUAUACGGGACCUACUUUAGUUGAUGUUAUAGAUAAUUUUAAAUGUCCCGAACGCCCUAUAAACAAACCUUUCCGUUUCUCGGUCAAUGAUAUAUUUAAAGGUACAGGAUCUGGAUUUUGUGUUUCUGGACAUGUGGAAACAGGUAUGGUAUCUUUGGGUGACAAAGUUUUAAUACUUCCACGGAAUGAAACUGCUGUGAUUAAAGGUUUGCAGGUGGAUGAAGCAUCUACAACAAACGCAUUUGCUGGAGAUCAUGUUUCGUUAACGUUAUCGGGAAUCGACCAACAAAAUGUUGGAAUUGGUGAUAUCAUUUGUAUCCCACAAAAUCCAGUUCCUGUAACUACAUGUUUCGAAGCGCAUAUAGUUGUAUUUGCAGUUAAAAUACCAAUUAUGAAAGGUCUUCCAGUAGUGAUGCACCAACAAUCUCUAGUACAACCAGCUGUAGUUACGAAAUUAAUAGCCCAAAUUCACCGAACUACCGGUGAGACCAUAAAAAAGAAACCGCGUUGUUUACCAAAAAAUUCGAGUGCUAUUGUUGAAAUUAGAACACAAAAUCCAGUUUGUAUGGAAUUAUAUAAAGAUGUUAAACAGUUAGGUCGAAUUACGCUACGCGUGGAAGGGACAACUAUUGCAGCUGGACUGAUUACAAAAAUCAAGUAGUAAUAUAACAAUUUUAUAUUACUAUCCUAGUGUUAUAAUGGUAGAGAUUCAUUUAAAUAUUCAUCUGGUACUGUAACUAAAUUGCAGCUAUUACACUUACAUAUUGCUGAAAAUAUAUAAAAAUUAUCAUCAUGUUUGUUAAAUUAUGUCAAUACAUUAUGUACAUAUAGGUUCAUUUGCUAUAACAAGAUCACUUCUUUUAUAGUCAGUAUAUAAUGUGUAAUAUAUUUAUAAUGAUUUGUAACAUUUUUAACGUGAAGUUAGUGUAAUAUGUUUAAUAAAAUUAUUCGGAAUAAA